AGGGCCAUCAAGAUGUCGAGUCCUUCCCUGGGUAACCUGACUGUGGUUGGUUGUUUGCUUCUCUACGCCUCUGUCUUUGCCAAAGGCUGGGACAUGACGCACUUGUCAGAUACGGCUAUCGUCGUCAAGUGUCAUAUGGAGAGAAUUUUGAUCAUCGUUGGGUUGUCGUGUGCGUUUGGUUCGAUCUUCAUGAAGACGUACCGGAUUCACGCUAUUUUCACCGUUGCGGUGAAAAGAUUCAAACGAAUUCGCUUACCUGACUGGAAACUUAUUUGUGGAGUCUUGACGGUUGUGCUCGUGGAUUUCGUAAUCAUUGCUGCGUGGAUUGCCUUGGAUACGACAUCUGUUAACAGCCGACAUCUGGAGCCCCUACUUGAUACAACCGAGCCCGAGAAGGAAAUAUUCGACGUUCCUGUGAUAAGGUAUUGCAGCAGUGAGAAUGCUCAGUACUUUACUAUCGCCCUCUACGGCGUGAAGGGAGUGCUGUUGACCUUCGGUAUUUUCUUGGCCUGGGAGACAAGAAACAUUGCCGUGUCUCAGCUCAAUGACAGUAAGUACAUCGCGGCGUCAGUGUGUGUGGUUGCCUUGACUGUAACCGUGACUGUCCCAACGAUGGCUGUCCUGGGUGAUGACGUCAAUGUGACGUUUCUUGUUAUAGGGCUGGCCAUUGUUAUCGUCAACACAGCAGUGCUUUGUUUGAAUUUCGUUCCAAAGGUGUACCUCCUUACAUCAGUUGACGAGAAGACGAUCAGUUUGAGUAUGAUGCCCUCCCAGGGGUGUAGUGAGUCCACGACUACACACACCUGCCGGUCACAGGACAAGGAAGAUGUCACUGAACUGGAAAGACUUCGAGGAAAACUGAAGCAAAGGAAAGCAACACUGCUGGUUUUGGCCAAGGAUAUUCGAGUCAUGAGCUGGACCGAACGAAUUUGAAUGUGCCUAGGUGUAAAAAAGCUACUGUUAAAAAAAGCACU